CAAUGUCCGGUGCCGACUCCUGACUGAAGAGCAAAUCUCUAGGUUGGAAUUUGACAUUAUGCCGUUAUCUCUGCCAUCUCGUGCCUGCCUGUUGGAGUUGAGCACUGAAGUUGAGCACUGAUUCAUUGAUGGCUGAAGAAGAGGGGAACGAGAAGAACAGACUUUGGGUUCAAAAAAUGCCAGCCCCCAGCCGUUCGCAGGUGCGCGCCGCGUGCCCCAGGCACCCAGGACUCGACACCGACACCAUUGCGCUCCAAGAUGCUGCCAGAGCACGCCAACGGGCCGGGUGCGAACGGGCCGUUGAUCGUCAAGCUACAUGUCCAGGAAGCGCUCCAUUGUCCGAGGUUACCGCCUCGGUUCCGACUUUGACGACCGAACAACAGAAACCUCGCGCCAUCGCCCUCGGUCAGACCCUACAGGUGCGGGGAUACGGCUUGGCAACCGCUCCAUCGCCGGCCGCAAAAGCCACGUGGAGCUCAGCCUUGGUACAGUAGAGACCUCCGCUAUAUAUUCAUACCUAUUGCUAUAUAUAAAUACCUAGCAUAUGGCGUAGCGACAUGCGCGUGGCUCCCGGCAAGCGGCCGUGUGCUCCAAGUCCCCAAUUGGCACCGGAUGGCGGCCCGGUUCCAGGCACAUGGUCCCAGGCACAUAGCCCUGUCACGAGCACUAUAUACACACCAGUUGCGCCUAGGGCAGCUGGUGGCUGAAGCCACCAACAUUCUGCCCAUUCCCUGAGUGGCGGAACUUAAACAAACUGACGAUAUCCACUGAUGUGGUUCAUUUUCUUCCAUCGUCAACCUGAACCGUCACAUCACACAUCCUGCCGUUUCCUGCUAUUUCUAGCAUGGUCUCACAAGAAUCCAGUCACUCCCUACGAAUCACAAAUCACCAAAUGGUAGAAAUAAGGGCAGUACAAGGCAAUACCUCAAAGCCCGUCAUACCGUAGAACGGGAAAGGAAGAAAGAAAGAAAAACGCAAAGGGCAUGAUACUCAGAUGCGCCACCAUGGGCGGCCAGGUUACCAGCCGCGCUAGCUGCGGCUGACUAGUGGCGAUUGACAAGCUCGACAGUGCCUGUCGGCCGCCCCACGGGCAUGAGGAAGGUCAGAAGGGUCGUGCCCACAGCCAGUGCGGAGAAGUAGGAGGCGGAAAAUAGGAAGACGGACAAAAAAAAGUAAAGGCAAAACAAGUAAAGAAGGCUAAAAUGAAGGGGAAAUAUCUAAUGGCAGGGUGGUGGAUGGUGGUGGAUGGUGGUGGCCGAGCCUAUUGCCAGUCAUCAACGCGAUAGCUGUCACACAUCACACUUUACCGCGUCGUCCUCCGUUUGUUCCCAUACUGGCCAGUGUGCUGGCUUGUUCCUUUGUUCGAUGCCUUUUUUUUGUUGUACAACAAAACCCGGCUGCGAGCUAUUUCUAUAGUUUCCCCGAACUCUUUUGCCUUCUACAUCGCCACCUCUCAAAUGAUGCGCGUCCACG